CUUCAGAUUUAUUAUUAUGCAGCUCUCUGCACAUAAACACAGAUAGAAGGGAGAUGCCCAUCUCUCUCUCUCUCUCUCUCUCUCUCUCUCUUAAAGAGGUCACUGCUUCGCCGCUGCUCCCGCUUGCUCGUUAGGGGAUGUGAUCGAUCAUUGUGAUUCGGAUUCUUCGUUGUUCGGCAGGGGAGGGCAGUCUGCUGCUUCCGCUCGAAAAAGAUCCUUGUUCCUUUCGUCCUGUCACGGUGCGUGUCUGUAUGACCUCCCCUUCAAUCACUGUGCCUCCAGAGAUCUCGGCUUUUCUCCAGCCGAAAACCUAGAGAGUAAUCGGAAAGAAAGGAGGCGUCUUCGGCUGCGCUUGCGAGGUCUCCACCAGAGUUCAAAGGAAACUUUCUACUCUCCGCAUCCGGGAACUCGAUCUCAGUCGCGAUCAACCGCCGGUAAGGGGGUUUGCUUGGUCAGCUUUCUCGUCGAUCAGAUUUAGUGGAUCCGAACAGCAGUGACCUAGAAAGGAGUAAUGUGCUUUGGAACUACAGCAGAUGGCUUCGUUAGUCCCCGGAGUCCUUAUCAAACUCUUGCAGCAUAUGAAUACUGAUGUGAAGAUUGCUGGAGAGCAUCGUUCGACCCUCCUCCAGGUUGUGAGUAUUGUCCCUGCACUCGCUGGAAGUGAUCUCUUCACCAGCCAAGGCUUUUAUCUCAAGGUCUCUGAUUCUUCUCAUGCGACAUUUGUUUCCCUGCCCGAUGAGAAUAAUGAUCUUAUCUCAAGUGACAAGAUCCAGCUUGGUCAAUUCAUCUACGUUGACCGCCUUGAGGCUGGCUCUCCAUGUCCCAUUCUUAAGGGAGUGAAGCCACUUCCUGGUCGCCAUCCUUGCAUCGGGAAUCCUGAGGAUCUUGUUGCUACCAGUUCUCUUGGUUUUCUUAAUACAGAGAAACCGAAGCCGUCCAACGACUCAAAAAGUAAUACUAACACGUCUUCAGACAAUGAAAAUGCUAAAUUGGGGAUCUCAAAGUUGACUAUCAAAACACAGGAGGUGGAAAAGAAAAGGAAUUCUUUUAGUAAGUCAAGCACCUCUCUUCCAAAACUAGCUUCAGCUGGCAAAUUGGACAAGGACUCCCCAAGUGUGGGAUCAAGAUCAAUGAACUCAAGGUCAAUACCUUCAUCUCCGAGUAGUGUCUAUUCCUUGCCUGCAUCUUUUGAAAAAUUCUCUAGUGAGAUUAAGAAGCAUGCAAAAGCUAAAGGAGUAGAGAAGCCAGCAUCAUCACGGGUGAGUCUGUUUGAGAAAGCAGCUACUAUGCUGAAAGCAACAUCUGGCAGGAAGUCUACUUCUGGUAAUUUCUUGGGAAAUUUGGUGCCAACCAUUGAAUUGGGACCCAAGGCUUUGAGAAAGAGCUGGGAAGGGAAUCUGGACACGAAGGGAAGAGAUCAUUCUAUCUCAAAAACUGCCAAACCUACUACAAAAUCCGAAUCUAGAAGCACUUCUGCUCCUCCACAGAAAUCAUCAAAGAACGAAAAAUCAUUGCUUAAGGAGGAUGUUAAGAUUCAUACUCCGACAAAAGUCAUUGCAAAUGUUCCUGCUGAGGAUCCUGAUAAAACUGCUAAACAGAGGCCUUCUGUUUUGAAGAGGUCUUCUGAGACAAGUACCAGUCUAAGUCUUGGUAACUUGGUGAAGGUUGCUCCUACUAACAGAACAUGGACAGAUGGUAGUGUUUCAUGGCAAUCACUUCCAUCAUCUCUAGCGAAACAAGGGAAGGAGCUUCUGAAGCACAGGGAUGCGGCGCAACGGGUUGCUGUGGAUGCUAUCCAAGAAGCUUCUGCGGCUGAGAGCUUGAUUCGUUGCUUGAGCAUGUACGCAGAGAUGAGUGCUAAUGCCAAGGAGGACAACCCGCAGCCGGCGGUGGAGCAGUUCCUCGCCUUCAACUCCUCCCUCUCCCGUGCUAUCUCCGUCGCCGAGUCCAUUUCCAAGUGCAUUUCCCAUUCCACUGCAGGAACCUCCUCGGGUGCAUCGCCGGUGGUCUCCGGCCCAAUCCCGGAAGAAGCACUGAAAGUUUCCGCCAACAACCGCCGCCGCGCAUCCUCCUGGGUCAGCGCUGCCCUCGCCACCGACCUGUCCCCCUUCUCGCUCUACACCCACAAGCACCCCUCGACAGCCUCACUGGCUACGGCGGUCGUGCUCGAGGGUCCGUCGAGGACCACCGCCUCAACGGCGGAGACCUCCAAGGCCGUACCGGCACCUCAGUCAAAAUCAAGAUCGUCCCCGCCGUUGGCGUCUGCUGGCAAGGGGAAGGCACGGGGGCUUGUGCUGUCGUCGCCGCCGCCGCCGCCGCCGGAGUGGGAGCGCGGAGGAGGACUGGAGGAAGGGACGGAGCUGGCGCGGGCGCUGAGGGAGGAAGCGCAGUCGUGGUUCGUGGCGUUUGCGGAACGGUUCCUCGACGCUGACGCGAUCGCACCUGGGCCAACCGCCGGCGAACAGGUGGCCUCGAUGCUGUCCCAACUCAAGAAGGUGAACGACUGGCUGGAGGCGAUCGACAGCCGGCAGAGGGAAGGUUGUGCGGCCGCGUCGGAAGGGGACGCAGCGGACGGCGAGUUACCCCGAGGCAGCACCAGCGGCGUGCCGCCCGAGACGAUCGAGCGGCUGAGGAAGAAGAUCUACGAGUACAUCCUCACCCACGUCGAGUCCGCCGCUAUCGCGCUCGGCGGCGGAGUCCCGACCGCCGCGUCACCUGUCGUUGGGCGCCCCAGCCGGAAGUGACGCACGAUCCAGGUCCGCAGACGGAGCAGGCUAAAACCGUGGUUUCCCAAUUACGAGUUCACGUGUCGGUAUGUUAUUGCAUUACAAUGCUAUUGUGUGGUUGAAUUUCCGGAAGGCCGUCCAUUCUUUCCUCUGCUCUGAUUGGAAGGGUAAUUGACUAACUAUAUGGGUUUAACUCUUCUUUAUUUUUUUUCUCUCAUAUUCUGUGGAACUAAUUGUACUUUUUUUUUUUGUGGAUUUUGAUGAUGAAAAAUUCGGAUCAAGUUCUGUUGACAUGUCAAA